UUCAAAGGAACAGCCAGGAAAGCUUCCUUCUUCUGUAGGGAUAACUAUUAUCCCCUUUCACCAUGGCCCACCUAGGAGCCCACUUUGCCUUCAGAUCCCGCAGGCAGAAGACCAAUGAUGAACUCUGUCGACAUAGCAUGUCCUUUAUUCUUCACAAAGCCAUUUGCAAUGACUUCUUUCAGAGCUAUCUCUACCUGCUGGAAAAUAUUCCCCUGGUGAAAUUGUAUGCUUUAACAAGUCAAGCCAUCAAUGGUGAGAUGCAGUUCUAUGCCAGAGCUAAACUCUUCUACCAAGAAGUACCAGCUACAGAAGAGGGUAUGAUGGGAAAUUUCAUUGAACUGUCCAACCCAGAUAUCCAGGCCUCUCGGGAAUUUCUUAGGAAAUUUGUUGGAGGGCCUGGGAGAGCUGGGACAGACUGUGCCCUGGGUUGCGGCUCUGGGAUAGGAAGGGUCAGCAAGCAUGUCCUGUUGCUGGUUUUCAACACUGUGGAACUGGUGGACAUGAGGGAAUCGUUCCUCCUCGAGGCACAGAACUACUUGCAGGUCAGAGGGGACAAGGUAGAAAGCUACCACUGCUACAGUCUGAAGGAAUUCACACCCCCACUGGGGAGAUACAAUGUCAUCUGGAUUCAGUGGGCCUCUGGGUACCUGACCGUUAAAGACCUUGCAUUUCUUUCCCGGUGCCGAGAUGGCCUGAAAGAAAACGGCAUCAUCCUACUGAAGGACAAUGUGGCUCGGGAGGGCUGCAUCUUCCAUCUGUCUGACUCUUCCAUCUGUGUAACUCGGGAUAUGGACAUCCUCCAGAGCCUCAUUAGGAAGAGUGGGCCGGUGGUGCUGGGCCAGGAGAAGCAGGACGGCUUUCCAGAGCAGUGUAUCCCAGUGUGGAUGUUUGCACUGCAUAGCGAUGGACACUCCUGACCAGCUGUGGGAGUGAACGGCUGCACUGCACAGUAGUGCUUUGGGAAGAGGUGUUCUCCUCUGAGGUGCCCCUUGUAAUUCACAUAGGAGUGAAGGGAAGGGACUACAGCAUGUUUGGAAAUGACUGAUGUAAUAUGUACAUGUUUCCACUAAUUAUGUAAGUACAUGCACACACUCUGUGGAUUUUCCAAAAGAGAAAUGGAAAGUGGCAUCUGGAAAAACUGCUAAACUGUACAAGUGUACACAAAAAACAGAAAAGGGAGCAACGUUCACAAAAUCUAAACUGCCUUGGUCUCUGCAGAUUUGCAUUAUAGAGUAGUUUAGGGUGGGUGGGGUAAAGCCUAGACCACCUUUCUCUGCCCUCAUGCUGGAUACAUUACCCUUCCUUCCUCCUUGGGAAUACUACUUCUCUAGAUAAAAAUCUCCCCCUAAUUAAGAAGGCACCAGUCAAAAUAAUCUUAUAAAAACAAUUCCAUUACUUAAUUUUGUCUUUAGCUUUAGCAGAAAAAAAGACUAUGGUUUCACUUUCUAUUUUGGGUCAGUUUCACCACCCAGUGAUGUAAUAUGGAUAUAAUUUGAUAACAAAAGUCUGCAUUUCAGUGAUGGGGAAGUGUCUCCUUUCAGGAGAAAAUGUUUUACCCUUGAAAUUUCAGCUGUGAACAUAUAAGUAAAUGUCAUUGAUAAUCUAAUUUUAGCUAUUGUCUUCCAACACAACUUGCUUCAUUGCAGCUGCUCCUGUUUCCUUGAUUGAUAUGACUGUACAUUGGAAAGAGAAACGAAAUGAUAAACCUGAAAAUUGAAUUA